CUUUGGGGAGAUGGAGGAAGGCGACGAUGCCCCGGCAGAAGAGAAUAGCCAGGCUGAGAGAGAGGGUGCAGCAUCAGCCCAAAAUGGAUCUGCAGAGUGUGAUGCCUCAAGCCCUCCUGGCAGUGAAGAAGCAGAGUCCAAAGAAGCCUCGGAAAGUCCGAAGGAGUCAAAAAAGCAGGCGCCUGGAGAAAAUCCACAGGAGCCGAACCCAUGGAAUGGGCCAGAUGAGCUGGAGCUGGUCGCGCUGGAGGGAGAGAGCAGAGUGCGUGCUAGGCGGAGCCUGCCGGAGGGGUUGUCCUGGGGGCCGUACCCAGGGAAUAUCCACAGCGAGCCGGCUUCUCCAGGGCAGAGCGAGACGAGUCCGCCUGUGACGCUGAUGCUGGGGGACGAGCGCUGCUGGCUGUCCAGGCUGCCCCUGGUGUCCGGAGAAGCCGACGCCAACUCGGUGAUCUACAGGAAGGGUGAACUGAUCUGGUGCAAAACCACCCAGGCCAUUGUGGGAAAGGAGCUGCUGAGUGCCUUCGUGAUGGCCGAGCCGCAGGGCAUCCCGAACCACCCUGUGAAAUCGGAGCCCGGGGACUCCACCUACCCAGCCAUGCUGCAUGCAGACAUACAGCUUCUGCCCCAGCAGGCGGGCAUGGCAGCCAUCCUGGCCACCGCUGUCGUUAACAAGGAUGUCUUCCCCUGCAAGGACUGCGGCAUCUGGUACCGGAGCGAGCGGAACCUGCAGGCCCACCUCAUGUACUACUGCGCCAGCCGCCAGAACUCCAGCUCGCCCUCGGUGGACGAGAAGCCCAAGGAGACCUACCCCAAUGAGCGCGUCUGCCCCUUCCCACAGUGCAAGAAGAGCUGCCCCAGCGCCAGCUCCCUGGAGAUUCACAUGCGCAGUCACAGCGGAGAGAGGCCGUUCGUGUGCCUGAUCUGCCUCUCCGCCUUCACCACGAAAGCCAACUGUGAGCGUCACCUGAAGGUGCACACGGACACUCUGAACGGAGUCUGCCACAGCUGCGGCUUUGUCUCCACCACUCGGGACAUCCUGUACAGCCACUUGGUAACCAGCCACAUGAUCUGCCAGCCAGGCUCCAAGGGCGAGGUGUACUCCCCUGGGCCCGGGCUGCCAGCUGCCAAGCCGUUGACGCCAGGUCCGAGCCAGCCGAGCGGGACCCCCAUCCUGAAGUGCAGCCUCUGCGGCUCCGUGGCCGACAGCCUGGCCAGCCUCCGGCAGCACGUGGUACUGCAUGGCCCACUGCCCGCUGUCCUUGGAGGGGCAGAGCCCACACCGGCCCUGGCACAGCCGGAGUCCCCUGCCAGCACCCCAGCGGACGAGGUGGAGAACGGUGAGGCCAGGCCCCCCCACGCAGAAGGCUGCCCCUCAGCCUCGUCUUCCUCGGGUGAGGCGGCACCACCCCUCAGGAUCAAGGAGGAGCGCAAGGACAGCCCCAGAGGGGAGGCUGAGGCGGCCAAAGGCAUCUCCCCGGCAGAGCCGGCUGCCAGCCCCACGUCGGAGCCGGAAGCCUCCUCUAGGGCCUCGUCCCCGCACAGCCUGCACUCGGUGAAGGUGAAGUCGGAGAUCGUCAGCCCCACGCCGGGGUCUAGCCCGGUGCCCAGCGAGCCGGGGGUGGGCACAGCCGGCGGCACCAUCUUCCUGCCCCAGUACAUGUUCGGCCACGAGGCCACGGUCGUGCCCCAGGCCUCCGAGAUCCUGGCCAAGAUGUCCGAACUGGUGCACAGCCGGCUCAAGCAGGGCCACGGCACGGUGCCCCCGGCCCUCUAUCCCAGCACCCCGGUGCCCAAGGGCGCCACCUGCUUCGAGUGCGAGAUCACCUUCAAUAACAUCAACAACUACUACGUGCACAAGCGCCUGUACUGCUCCAGCCGCCACCUGGCCGAGGACAGCCCGCCCGGCGCCCGCAAGGCCAAAGCCCCUCCCGCCCCCCCCAAGGGCCCGGCCACGCCCGGGGCUCUGCUCUCACCCCAGCCGCCCGCUGCCGUCGAAGGCCAGGGGCAGCCCUCGCAGGAAGGGGAGGCUGAGAGGGACGCCAGCCCGCCUGCCCCUGCCGCGGAGGCCAAGCCGGAGAUCAAGGUGGAGGAGGGCGGCGCCAAGGCAGGCUCUCCCGAGGCGGAUGGGGCCGGCCGGGCCAGCGAGGACAGCCAGAGCCCCAGCAGCUCGGUGGACGACACGGACGACGACCCCAGCAAGACGGUGUGCGAGGCAUGCAACAUCCGCUUCAGCCGCCACGAGACCUACAUGGUGCACAAGCGCUUCUACUGCGCCUCACGCCAUGACCCGCCCCUGCGCCGGCCCAAUGCCCCCAAGGUGCCCUUCCUGCACCAGCCCGUCCGCACCCGCAAGCGCCGCAAGCUCUACGAAAUCCACGCCACCGCCAGCCCUGCCCUGGGACCGGCCCACCACCUGGCAGAGCAGCUGGCAGGGGGCCUGGUCAGCGCCACGGAUCCGCUGGCAGGGGGCACCCGGCCCGAGGUCCCUCCCAUGCUGUCAGCUCUCAUCUCUGUGGCCAAGGUCCACGGCGCUGCCCCCUCCCCCAGCUCCAGCCCCGAUGCCGAAGGCCCCAUUGACUUGAGCAAGAAGCCCCGGCUGCAGGGCGAGGUGCUGCCCGCCUCACUGCUGCCCCUGGCGGACUACCACGAGUGCACAGCCUGCCGCAUCAGCUUCAACAGCCUAGACAGCUACCUGGCCCACAAGAAGUACUACUGCCCCGCCGUGCCCCUCCAGGCCGGCACCCUGGAGCAGCUGCACAAGAUCAAGGGGCCCGUGCCACCCCCCUCGAAAGCCCGGGGCAGUGGUGCCCCUGAGAACCCGGAUGUGCCGGGCGAGGAGCCCGACAGGGUGCGGGUCAAGGUGGAGAAGGCGGUGCUGUCGGUGAGCCCCGGGGCCCUGGUGGCCAAACCCCUGGCCCUGCCAGCCACGUACCCCUGUGCCUCCGGCGUGGACUCCCUGCAGCGCUACGCCAGCGCCAAAGCCCUCCACCUCCCGGGGGCCAAGGUCCCGCUGGCCGUCUGCCCCUACUGCCCACUCAACGGGGCCGUCAAGGGAGACCUGAUCGAGCACUUCCGUAAUGCCCACGGGCUCUUUGGAGCCAAGCCGGGGGCAGGCCCCGGACUGCCAGAGGCCGUGCUCCAAGCUGCCGCCAGGACUCCGGAGAGCAGCCUGCCGCCCCUGCCCGCGGCCUCCCCACCCCAGCCCCUCACCAGGCUCCGUAAGGACAGCUUAAACGGCAAGGAGCCCGCCGCUCCCUCGGCCUCCAACGGCAGCCCCCUGCCCGCAGGCUCCCCCCGGCCUAGCCUGCCCGUGUCGCCCGCUGCCCCUUUGAACAUAUCACCGGUGCCCGAGGCUCUGAGAGAGCCUGGCCUCACGCCCGCCACCCCGCCCGGCUACACGGACAAGAGCGUGCAGACCGCGCCCAGCAAGGCCCUGCCCAGCCCCGUCCCCAACGGCAACCACAGAUACUGUCGCCUCUGCAACAUCAAGUUCAGCAGCCUGUCCACCUUCAUCGCCCACAAGAAGUAUUACUGCUCCUCCCACGCCGCCGAGCACGUCAAGUGA